UAGCAUAGCAGGAAAUGGGCGUGAAACAGUUUAUAGUAUCGUCUUCUUCCCUUCUACAAUUGUUACCUCUUCUUUUCGUCGACAAGCAGAUUACCUCGAAGAACACGUAUGGGUUAUACAAAAGACCAGCUGCUUACUCGAUUGAAGGAGCUUCAAAUUGAUUUUGCUCAGUAUGAACAUCCUGCUGCUUUGACAGUUGAAGAACAGGCAAAAUAUGUUGGAGACAAAGGAGGUGGACUAAGUAAGAAUUUAUUCUUGAAGGACAAAAAAAGUAGGUUUUACAUUGUUUCUGCUUUGGCGGAUACCAAAGUAGAUAUGAAAGUUUUGUCGCAAAGGCUUGGGUUGGGGAAAGGAGGUAUAAGAAUGGCCCCUGAAGAAGCAUUGGGCGAGAUACUUCAGGUUCCAUUAGGCUGUGUUACUCCUUUUGCAGUUAUUAAUGAGUCAGCACGGCAUGUUUCACUGUUGCUGGAUAAAGGAUUCAGGACACAGGAGCAUUGUUUCUUCCAUCCUCUAUCUAAUGAGAUGUCAAUUUCUCUUCAUGCUCGUGAUCUUGACAAAUUUCUAAAAUCAAUUGGGAGAGAGCCCUCAUAUGUUGACUUGGAGGCUAAUCCACCAGUUGGAAAGGAUCAACCUCCUGAUCUGGCUGCUUUUGUUCCAUCUGAUUCCACUGUUCUCUCUGAUCCUCCAGUAAAGGCAGUUCCUUUGCAAAGUCAUACUGAAAAUCCUGUUUCUGCAGAGAAGAAGCCUGCAGCUGCAGCAGUAAAAACUGAGAAGGCACCAGGCACUGUAAAAAAUGUGAAAGACAAGACGGCUGUUGCUGCACAUCAACCCAGUGUUUUCUCAGAUGCUGGACUUCUCGUGGAAGAGAUUCUGAAUAAAACAUCUAAUGUUUUGCUUUCAGAGAUUAAAGAGGAUUCUAUCAAGCAACAUGGUGAUCAACUUGGAAGUAUUGUUGCUGACAGUAUGAGAAAGCAUCUUAGCUCAGAUUUGAGAAGUCUUGCUAUAAUGUUCAAGAACACAGCCUAUGCACAGGGAUUUUAUGCAGGCACUCAUCAUCAUCCAAAGCCAUUAUGAACUUGCCCCGACUGUCAGAUGAAUCCACUAGAGAGCACAUGAAAAUGAAACUGCAUUUAAAUAUGCACUUAUCCAAAGCGGUGCAUAGUUUACACAUUUCAAAAUUGAUUAUUAUUCUAAACAUUUUUUCAGCUUUGGCAAAUGUUGUUUUUGUUGCAAACGAUGUUUAACGUUUUGUUUAAUCUUGUUGAUGGUUUGAUACAAUUGUCUAGGCUCAACCUUGUUCAACAUUUGUGGCAAUAGAACCUGUCAAAUUAUUAGGAAAGAGAGUGGACUUUUGUGUUAUAAAAAAAAUUAAAAUAGAAAGAUUACCAAAUCCAUUUGGUGGAAA